AAGUGUCCCACCAAGGCGCUCAGAGAUGCAGAGUAAAGGGGCAGGGACUUCUAGAUUCUGGAAGAUGCCCUGCUCUCUGACCUGGAGACCACAACCUCACACAUGCCAAGGUCAGGGGCUCUAAAAGAGCGGCCCCCAGAGCCCCUCACGUCUCCUCUGACACAGAUGGGGUCCGGGGAAUCUUCAGGAGCCUCUGGGGACAAGGAUCAUCUGUACAGCACGGUAUGCAAGCCUCGGUCCCCGAAGCCUGCGGCCCCUGCAGCCCCUCCAUUCUCCUCUUCCUGUGGUGUCUUGGGCACGGGUCUCUGUGAGCUAGACCGGUUGCUUCAGGAACUUAACGCUACUCAGUUCAACAUCACAGAUGAAAUAAUGUCUCAGUUCCCAUCUAGCAAGGAGACUGCAGGGGAGCAGAAGGAGGACCAAUCUGAGGACAAGAAAAGGCCCAGCCCCCCUCCCAGUCCAUCCCCUGUUCUCCCAAAGCCUUCGGCCACCUCAGCCACCCUGGAGCUAGAUAGGCUGAUGGCCUCACUCUCUGACUUCCGUGUCCAGAAUCAUCUUCCGGCCUCUGGGCCAACCCAGCCACCGGUGCCAAGCUCCGUGAAUGAGGGCUCCCCCUCCCCACCAGGGCCCGCUGGCAAAGGCAGCCUAGACACCAUGCUGGGGCUGCUUCAGUCUGACCUCAGCCGCCGAGGCGUUCCCACCCAAGCCAAGGGCCUCUGUGGCUCCUGCAAUAAACCCAUUGCUGGGCAAGUGGUGACGGCGCUUGGCCGUGCUUGGCACCCUGAGCACUUCGUUUGCGGUGGCUGUUCCACAGCCCUGGGAGGCAGCAGCUUCUUCGAGAAGGAUGGAGCUCCCUUCUGUCCCGAGUGCUACUUCGAGCGCUUCUCCCCACGAUGUGGCCUCUGCAAUCAACCCAUCCGACACAAGAUGGUUACUGCCUUGGGCACCCACUGGCACCCGGAGCAUUUCUGCUGCGUCAGUUGCGGGGAGCCCUUCGGAGAUGAGGGUUUCCACGAGCGGGAGGGCCGCCCCUACUGCCGCCGAGACUUCCUGCAGCUCUUCGCCCCGCGCUGCCAGGGCUGCCAAGGCCCCAUUCUGGAUAACUACAUCUCGGCGCUCAGCGCACUCUGGCACCCAGACUGUUUUGUCUGCAGGGAAUGCUUCGCGCCCUUCUCGGGAGGCAGCUUUUUUGAGCACGAGGGCCGUCCGCUGUGCGAGAACCAUUUCCACGCGCGGCGCGGGUCGCUGUGCGCCACGUGUGGCCUCCCGGUGACCGGCCGAUGCGUGUCGGCCCUGGGCCGCCGCUUCCAUCCGGACCACUUCACCUGCACCUUCUGCCUGCGCCCGCUCACCAAGGGCUCCUUCCAGGAGCGAGCAGGCAAGCCCUACUGCCAGCCCUGCUUCCUCAAGCUCUUCGGCUGACCGCCUGCCGGGCUCGCCCCUUUGGGAGAGCGCGGCCCCCAAAACCUCGCCCUUCCCGAAAAGACCGGGCUCUCCAGACCCCAAGGCCUUGCUCUUAGAGCUUGGGGCUCCCCCAGCCCAGCUCCGUGAGGCCCCACCCCCUGGAGGGACCGGCCCCGAAGGUACUGUACGUUCUCCAUGGGCGAGUUCAGAAAAGGCCCCGCCGGUGCUAAGGCCACGCGCCCCACGAAGUGGGUCGUAUACUGGCAAGCGAUCCCGCGUGAGCCCUUCACUUUAUUCCCAGCCUUGAGGGAGCCCCCCGACUGGAGGAGGGUCCUUGCAAUUCCCACGAAUCCAAGGCCAGGCCAGAAUGUCCCUCUCCCCGCCCCUCACUGCUCAGUGCACUUUUUUCUACCUACAUAAACACACAUUCCACGUCACACCGGUGCUGUGUCUCUGCGCGGGAGUGCCUCGCGUCGCGACGCCCCGCCCCUUGUACUGGCGGGAGUGCCUCGCGUCGCGACGCCCCGCCCCUUGUACUGGCGGGAGUGCCUCGCGUCGCGACGCCCCGCCCCUUGUACUGGCUCCGGCCGCGAUGCGUUCUAGGCCACCGCCCUGGGGCGGGAGCCGGACCUUCAGACUCAGCCCUUGCAGGCUGUCCUUCACCUGUCAGAUGCCCCUGAGGCUGGAAAAGCCGGCCACCUGCGCAGGAUUGUACAGACGGUGACGAGCCAGGACGGGAGCUCAAGCAGGACCCACCAAACCUUCCCGUCCCCAACCCCCCAUCCUUCAGUUUCUUAUAUCCUCGAAAUAAGCGCUUAAUCUGUACCCCUCCCACUCCCUUCCACCCUGCCACCUUGGCUGGUUUCCAGAUUUUUCCCCCUCCUUAAAAGACCCUCAGAGAUGGGGCUCCAUUCAAGUACCAAUUUAUGCCCACCCUUUGGAUCUGGGCAUCAAAUUACAGCUUCCCUCACAUGGGUAUUGACUCAUAACAGCUCGGCUAGGCACAGGAUGACACUUGGGGUGGUCAGGGCAGUGACUGAGGGAAGCGCUGGGGGCUGUAAGAGCCAGAAGGAGGCUUCUAACUCAGAUUGGAAGUCAAGGAGGGCUUCCUGGAGGUGGUGACACCUUAGCCUAGCCCCAGCAGAGAAGGGUGGGGCCAGGGUUUCUUAAGUAUGGAGAAGUUCAGGCUCCAUCUGAAUCCCCAAGUCCCAGAGGCCUUUCUAAGCCUGGUACCUUAGAUUCUGAAGUUCCCUAGGGAGGGGGCCUGGACUCCUGGGUCCUAACUACAGGGACCUUAGAGGCUGGAAACAAUCGAUUCUCAGAGGCCCUUCCAUCUCAAGGAGGAGCUAACAGCCAAGGAGAACAUGUGUGGGCAAGAGACAAAGGUGAGGUUCUCUGUCUUGGCCUCGGGCAGAACCCCCAGAUCCUUUCCUCUCUGAGGCUCCACCCCUUGGGUCUUCCUAGGCCUCCUGCUCUUCCUCUUCCACAAAUUCUCCCUGGGGAAUGCUGUCCAUCCCUUGGCUUGUAACCACCACCAAGUCUUGAGCCAUUCAUUUACCAAGUGUUUACUGAGCACGUGCUGUCCUAGGCUCCAUGCCAGGUGCUGGGGAGACCAUAGGGAACAUGUUCCUUGGCCUCACAGUCUAGUAGGGGAGACAGAGGAAAAACAAACACACAGUGACAAGUGUGAUGAAGUAAUGGGGACUUCCUUGAUGGCCUAGGUAAAGCUGGCCCUUCCCUCUAGUUUCCACCCACAGCACCUCCCUAGUCCCUCACUUAUCAUUAUUGCAAAUAGGUGUUUGUUUGUUGCUUGUUUAUUUCUGAAAUGAAGGCAAGCUCCUGGGAGUUUGUUUGUCAGAUGACAUGUUUGUUUUGCUGACCAUUUUCUGUCCAGUGUCUAGGAUGCUGUCUAGCAUGUGGUAAGUGCUCCAUAAAUGUUUGCUAAUGGAGGAAGGAAUGAGGAAGGAAGGAAAGGAGCGAAGGCAAGAAGGAAAAAAUAGAGAACUAAGUUAGUGAAGGUAGGGAAGGGAGUACUUGAACCAGCCUGUCAGAGAAGGCCUCUGUGAAUAUCUACAUUGAGACUUUGAAGGUUGAGGAAAGAGCCAGCCAGGCAAAGAGCCUGAGGAGAGCAUCCCAGGCAGAGGAAACAGCAAAUGCAAAGGCCAGGCGGUAGGAAAAAGCUUGGCAUAUUGGAAGAAAGAAAAGGAGGCCAGUGUGGUUGAUUAGAGUGAGCAAGGGAGAGAGUAGUUGGAGAUGAGGUCAAAGAGGAACUAGGUGCCACAUCACGAAGGGCUUUGCAGGCCCCCGCAAGGGCACACAGAUUUGAUUUUAAGUGCCCAUAACCCCAACGUGUCCUCUGAUGCUUGCCCCUGGAUUUCUCCCAGGCCCUUCAAAUUCAUUGCCCACUGAAGCAGACACUGUGGGUGCCCUGCCCAUAUCCACCUGGCCCAUCUGGGAAGUCGUAUGCAGACACUUCCCAGACACUCAGUCUCCCCAGCUGCUCCCUGAGUUUCUGUCAGGGUGCUCUCUGGAGGAGGGCCUGGGGUGGGUGGGGGAGGUUCCGUAACCUCCAGCCAGUUAGAGACAGGGAUUGGUGAAUGAAUACCCCAGCUUUCUGGCCCCUUGGGGGUCAGUUCUGAGGUGAGUUCUCCACAGUGUCUCAGAGGGUCCCCACUGGGAUUGUCACAGUGGUAACCUUUCGAUCAACACAUGCUUUAUUGGCCUUUCUCCUUUCUUUGUCUCUCUUCCCCACUCCUUACUGGGAUCAGCUCCCCAAUACAGUCCUUGCACCCCAA